AUGACCAUCGAAAUUCUUCUAUAUAUAUUUGUAACAGUUAUUUGCCUCGUAUUUUUUAUUAUCUAUUAUAAGUUUAUUCGUUCAGAAAAACUAUUAUAUGAUGCUUUACGUACACAAGGUGUCGGUUGUGAACUAUUUAUAUCAUUGUUUGGGCAGCUUUCUGAAAUACGUCGACGUCGAAAAACUAAUUCACGUAUGGAUUUUCAUCAAAAUCGAAUUCAACAACAUGGUAAUACAUAUGUCUUUGGUUUUGGUCCUGUGAUACGUCUCAUGAUCAAUGAAUCUGAUCUUCUUGCAGAUGUACCUGAUCGAAGCAAUGCACGUAAUUAUACGAAACCACCAGUCGCUCAUACAAUCUUAGGUCCUGCCAUUGGAAAUCAUAAUUUAUUGGUAGCCGAAGGCAAUGAACAUGAACGAGAACGACAAAUGAUUAAUCCUGCUUAUUAUCAUACAAAUCUUAAAUCCAUGGUAUCAAAUGUUACUGAUCGCACAGAAGAAACUAUUCAAUCAGUAUUUAAAACUUUAGAUUGUGAUAAACAGUCGAAAAGAUCAAUGGAUAUACAAGUUUUUUUCAACAGUCUCACACUUGCUAUAAUUGUUUCGAGUGCAUGCGGUGCAAAUCUUGAAACAAAUGAAAAUGCAAAACAUGUUAUGGGUCGAUUAUUCACCAACGUAUUUAAUGCUAUUCUUUAUCAUAUCAUCGAUCAACGAGCUCGAGAAAUAGCACAAUUCAUGAAUCAAAUAAUAACUGAUCGACGAGAAGGGCGCUCGAAUAGUUUAUCUAAUGGACCUGAUCUUCUUGAUUUGUUGCUUGCAGCUGUUGAUGAUGAAGAAAAACCAUUUACUGAUCAAGAAAUCAAAGAAGAAGCUCUGACGUUUGUAAUUGCUGGCAGUGAAACUACUGGGAAUCUUAUGACAUGGAUAUUAUACGUUUUAAUGACUCACGACGAUGUAUUAGGAGCAUGUCGAGAAGAAGUUGAUAGGAUUUUAUCAAAUGGUAAAUUGCCGACUAAUGAUAAUCUUACUGAUCUAGUUAUAUGUGAAGCAAUCAUCAAUGAAACACUUCGUCUCUAUCCACCGGCACCAGUUUUCACACGUUAUUGCAUACGAGAACAUAUUAUCGGUGACGAGCAUCCCAUACGUAUUCCUGCAGGAGCGACUAUACUAAUAAGUGACUAUCUUCUUCAUCGUCGAAAUGAUCUUUGGCCUCGGGCAGACGAAUUCGAUUACACUCGUUGGAUGCGUGAUCCGAAAACAGGUUUGAAACCAAAAUUAUCACAUCCGUUUUCUUAUCUUCCAUUUGCUGCUGGUCCACGAAACUGUAUCGGACAAAAUUAUGCUUUAUUAGAAGCUAAAAUCAUGUUAGCUAUGUUUGUUCAACGAUGCAAUUUUGAAAUGGUACCUGGGCAGAAAAUAAUAUUCGAAGUCACAAUUACAAUGCGCCCUAAAUAUAGACUAGUAGCAACGAUUAGUAAACGUUGA